UUUUCCAAUCAUUUCAAUGAACGGUUUGGGCAUGAACAAACAAACAAUCACCUGUUGCUGUGAUGUCGCUCUAAAAUUUUAUUCUACCUACUCGCCAUUUUAGUUCUCAGAUCUCUUUCUUCUGAAACGUCUGCUCAAAACAGAAGAUUAUGGAUCAAGAAACUCGAUACUUUGAUCUCAAUAACGGAGCUAAAGUUCCCUCCGUUGGUCUUGGAACCUGGAAAGCUCCUCCAGGUGUUGUAGGUGAAGCUGUCAUUUCCGCAGUCAAGGCUGGUUAUAGGCAUAUUGACUGUGCUAGUGUAUAUGACAAUGAGAAAGAGGUUGGGGUGGCACUGAAGGAACUAUUUUCCUCUGGGGUGGUGCAGCGUAGUGAGAUGUUUAUCACAUCAAAACUUUGGUGUAGUGACCAUGCUCCUGAAGACGUCUCAAAGGCUUUGAGUAAGAGUUUGCAAGAUCUGCAACUUGAAUACAUUGAUCUCUAUCUUAUUCAUUGGCCAAUUAGGACAAAACCAGGCUCACGAGGCUUCGACCCUGAAGUCAUGGCUCCCUUAUGUCUUCCAGAGACCUGGAAUGCGAUGGAGGGCCUUUACUCAUCCGGUCAGGCACGCGCGAUUGGAGUCAGUAACUUCUCCACGAAGAAGCUGCAAGACUUGCUCAAAUAUGCAAAAGUUCCACCUGCAGUCAAUCAAGUGGAAUGCCACCCUGUCUGGCAGCAGCCUGCUCUUCAUAACUUGUGCAAAUCAACUGGCGUUCUCCUCUCGGCCUAUUCUCCUCUAGGAUCUCCAGGGUCAUGGGUAAAGGGGGAAGUCUUGAAGGAACCAAUACUGAUUGAAAUUGCUGAAAAGCUUAACAAGUCGCCAGCACAAGUAGCUCUGCGAUGGGGUAUCCAGAGCGGUCACGGUGUCCUACCAAAGAGUGUAAAUGAAUCUAGGAUCAAGGAGAAUUUGAGUUUAUUCGACUGGUUCAUUCCUCCAGAACUCAUCUCAAAAUUAUCAGGAAUCCACCAGCAAAGGCUCCUCCGAGGUGAUUUUGCCAUCCACGAGAGUUGCAGUCCUUACAAAAGCCUCCAAGAACUGUGGGAUGGUGAAAUAUGAGACCAUAAACCAACUCUCACUUUUAUUUGGUCGAACAAAUUACUCAGGAUUUUUUUUUUUUUUUUUUUUCCUUUGAAAACCAAAAAUCUCAUGCUGUAUGUUUGGUUACUAGUACUUGACUAGAACCCCAAAACAUUAUCGUAAGCUUUCCUUUGGAGUUUCAU